UGUCCUUCUUUCGUUUCCGGCAGUGGGCGACACUGGGAGGACCUGCUCCCCUUGGCCAGAAGGCCGAGUUCCCGCUAGAGGGUACCCAGACAGGUCCAGUUUGGACAGAGUAUGUUUUACACUGCUGAAGAGGUCUCAGAUUGAAGUCAUGGCCAUUCUUUUUGCUGUUGUUGCCAGGGGAACCACUAUCCUUGCCAAACAUGCUUGGUGUGGAGGAAACUUCCUGGAGGUGACAGAGCAGAUUCUGGCUAAGAUACCUUCUGAAAAUAAUAAACUAACUUACUCACAUGGCAAUUACUUGUUUCAUUACAUCUGCCAAGACAGGAUUGUGUAUCUUUGUAUCACUGAUGAUGAUUUUGAGCGUUCUCGAGCCUUCAGUUUUCUGAAUGAAGUAAAGAAGAGGUUCCAGACUACUUAUGGUUCCAGAGCACAGACUGCACUUCCAUAUGCUAUGAACAGUGAGUUCUCGAGUGUUUUGGCUGCACAGCUGAAACAUCACUCCGAAAAUAAAGGGCAAGACAGAGUGAUGGAGACUCAAGCACAAGUGGAUGAACUAAAAGGAAUCAUGGUCAGAAACAUAGAUUUGGUUGCUCAACGUGGAGAAAGAUUGGAAUUACUGAUAGAUAAAACAGAAAACCUUGUGGAUUCAUCUGUAACUUUCAAAACUACCAGCAGAAAUCUUGCUCGAGCCAUGUGUAUGAAGAAUAUCAAGCUUACUGUCAUCAUCAUCAUCGUAUCCAUUGUGUUCAUCUAUAUCAUUGUGUCACCUCUCUGUGGUGGGUUUACUUGGCCAAGCUGUGUAAAGAAAUAAAAAGAAAACAUUACCAUUAACCAAGGAUAUAAGAGUGAAAGGAGAUAAAGGCAAUCCAUGUGACUCAGGCUUUUCACUAUUUUCAGAACUUAUCUGCCAAUUUCUUUAAUCUUUUUUUUUUUGCUUUUUCUUGUUUUAAUAGUAUUAUAUGCCUCUAGAUUUAUCUUUGUCCUCUCAUAUUGUUUAUUUUAACAAACUUUACUUUGAACCAUUAUAUACAGGAAUAUCUUUGAAAUGGUA